UUUGACGUCGACGUUUGGCUGGCCUUCAUUAUUUUGAAGAAAGGAACAAUAUCACAAGGUUCAAAAUGGUUUUUAAAAGAGUGAAAAACUUUAUAUCGUACUGGUAUCUACAAUAUCUUUUGGCAACAUCUGUAUACAUGUUGGAGCCACUGGAAAGGAGAGUCUUUAAUUGCUUGUUGAUUAUUGUGCUGGCAAUGUUUAUGUAUACAAGUUAUGUUUUCCUACCGGGCCAUGCCAGAAUGCUUAUUUAUUUCAUAAAUACAUAUAUACUGGGAGGGAAUCCGUCAGAAGCAGGUGUUUAGGGAACAGGUGGACAAAAAAGGGGAGAAAGCCUCAAAGGAGAAAUUAAAGAAGGACACAAAGUGAUCUCAAAGGUUGUUUUUCCUAAUGAAGAUGAUGCCGGUGCAAUGGUUACCAAAGAAACAUUUUGAAAUUAAGACAUGUAUGCUUACUUAAGUGAGUUUAGUAUAUUGUCAUCUUCACCCUCAUUUGAACCAAAUUGUUGUGUAUACAUAUGUUUAUUCUAGAGAAGACACUUAUAAUAAAGAAAAAAUAUAUAUAUACUUAAGGUUUGUAAAGAUUUGCCUGUGACUCAUCAUUUAAUUUGUCAUCUUUUAUUCAUUGUUUAAUGUAUUUUUAUGGACCUAUUUUGGCUUUUAAUAUGUUGUACACAUAAUCUGUACCAAAUGUCAAUGACUCGAGGCAAUUUUGGAAGCAGGAAAAAUUGUUUUAAAGGCAUGUUAAUGCUGCUCUUGACAACAUUUUAUUUUUUUUUAUAUGUCCUUAGCUUGCCACGAACACACAAACGAUUAAUUUUGUUCCCAAGGUGUUAAUUACACAUUCUUCACUUGUGUCAUAGGAAAAUUCUACGCAAUGAUGCAGCUUCCAUUAUGUUGAUACAUGGGAAAAAAAUUUAAAAUUGAUUUAUAGGGUUUUAAUGUUUAAAUAUUUUUGUUAUCUGUUAUAUUUUCAAUACUAAGGCCACUAGUUCUUUCACCUUUUGCAGUAAACAACCUCUGAUAUACAUGUAAUUAGUACUUGUACGUGUGUUUUACAGCUGUUUUACUUGUUUAAGUGACGCAGUUAGUUUGGAGGAUAAAGACUUAUCACAUUGAUGUAUUUUGAUUUAAUUUAAACUGGUUUUUUUUAUGUAUAAGGCAUGGGAUUGAAAAGAGUGAAACUAAUCAAUGUACCCUUAAUAUGAUGGGUUGACAUGUGCCAUUUUGUAAUUCAAAGUUCCAUGUAACACUAUUUUCUAUUGGUUUUGUUGGAUGUUCUAUUCAUAAAAUAGUAUGAUUUAGCCUAAAUAUAAAAGAAGAUGGGUGAACAAGCCAAGAAAAAUGCCUAAGGUUCAACAAAUAAGAACACAAUUUUCUCAUUUGUUUAACCGGAAAAAUAGUUAACAUUUAUGUAUAUUUUAUCUAAAAUCUCCACAGUCUGCAACAGUGUCACAAAUGUUAAAAUUAUUCAUUUAUGAAAUAGAAUGCACACACCAAAGAGAGCAUGCAAAAAUAACAACUUCUCUUCUGUAACAUAGUGUUCUAUAUAAGAUGUUUAAUUUUUUUUUUUUUUUUUUUUUGCUUAACACCCACUCAACCUUAAAAAUAGACUUUUAUGACACAACAUUCGUAUCUUUUUGAGAAUUUGAGGAAUAUUUGAAAUCCAGUUAUUCAGAGGUUAUAUCACAAACAAGAUUUAAAUACCAUUACCUGCUAUGAGAUGUGUUAUCAUGUCAGUUUCUAAAACUAGAAACUGAUCAUCUGGAAUCUUAUCACUUGGUUUCAAAUUCUGAAUUUUUUGAACCAUGGAAUAAUUUUUCCAAGAAAUUUUUUCCAUAUAAAACUUUUUUAUCAUAAUUUCAUUCCUACAAUAGGAACGUUUUUUUUUUUAAAUAAGUUUUACAAAUUGAAGCUGUAGGCAUUUUGCACGCCUUGUUUACCCAUCUUCUUUGUUAAGAACUUCCAGAAGUCUGAUAUUAAUUUUUUCCCCCAUUUUUUUUUUUUGUAAAAUAAUUUUAACGUUUGAUUUUAGCAAAAUGUCCAUAAAUCAUUUGUAUAAAUUAAAUAGGCCAGAGUCAAUUGCUUGCCAUUAAAGACUGUUAAUUAUUAUAUUGUCUUUAUUGUAAAAGGUGCAAAGAGUUAAUGAACACUGAUAAAAUUUUAAA